AUAAAAAGGUUGCGAUGAACAAGUGCGUCAGUUCGUCUCACAGUCUCACAGACACAACAACCGCAGGCAACAUGAGUCUUCGCACAUUCGUGAAGGUGGCAGCCGUGAUGGCGGUGGCGUGCGUCGUGACGGCUGAUCCUGAAGCUGCUCCUGGCGGAGGCUACGGUGGUAGCUUCGGCGGUGGAAGGCCGGGUGGAUUGGGUGGAGGCUCCGUCGGCUUCGGUCGUCCUGGCUUUUCUGGGAGUUCAUUUGGACACGGCGGAUUAGGCGGAGGUUCAUUUGGACACGGCGGAUUAGGCGGAGUUCAUUGGACAUAG